AUGCCACCGCCGCACGGGGAGAAGAUGAAGGCGGCGACAUCAGACGCGGCGGCAACCUGCCUCAGCCCUACUUCGUUGAUGGACGCCAUGAACGACAUGAGGUUGGUGGCCAUGAAUGCUUCUCAGUACCGCGCCGACGGCCUUGACGGGCGUGUUGUGACGGCCGUGGCGUUGAUUACGGUUGUCGCGAUGGUGGUGGUUAUGUCCACGGCGGCGGCGACAUCGGAAAAAAUAGGAGCUACGACGUUAGUGAUUUAUUUGUUAGUUGGCGUGAAUAGAUUUCAUAAUUGGACACUAAACCCAUUUCAUAUGAUGGGAGUUGCUGGUGUAUUGGGGGCUGCUUUGCUAUACGCUAUUCAUGAUGCUACCGUCGAAAAUACUUUAUUUGAAGAUGGUGAUGGUGCAAAUACAUUCCGUGCUUUUAACCCAACUCAAGCUGAAGAGACGUAUUCCAUGGUCACCGCUAACCGCUUUUGGCCCCAAAUCUUUGGGGUUGCUUUUUCCAAUAAACUAACCGGUUUGUGGAUGAGUGCUCUUGGAGUAGUGGGUUUGGCCCUGAACCUACGUGCUUAUGACUUCGUUUCUGAGGAAAUACAAAAUCGAUAG